AUGUCUUCAGACAAUAGCUCAUGUGUUCACCCCUUAUCCUUCCUGAUGUUGGGAAUCCCGGGACUGGAAAACAUACAUGUCUGGCUUGGCUUCCCAUUUGGUGCAGUGUACCUGGUUGCCCUACUGGGAAAUUUCGUCAUCCUCUUUGUGAUCCAGACUGAGCGCAGCCUCCACCAGCCCAUGUUCUACUUAUUGGCCAUGUUGGCUAUGACUGACCUGGGGCUGUCUACUGCCACCAUCCCCAAAAUGCUUGGCAUCUUCUGGUUUGGCCUCAAUGAGAUUGCCUUUGGUGGUUGCUUGACUCAAAUGUUCUUCAUACACCUGUUUACAGGCAUUGAAACAUUCAUGCUUGUUGCCAUGGCCUUGGACCGCUACGUGGCCAUUUGUUACCCCCUCAGGUACAACACAAUCCUGACUAGCAAAACAAUUUGUAUUAUUGUUGGAGUAGGAAUGGUGAAAAAUUUUGUUUUGGUCUUUCCACUGGUAUUUCUCCUUUUGAGGCUUUCAUUUUGUGGACAUAAUAUUAUCCCCCACACGUACUGUGAGCACAUGGGCAUUGCCCGGCUGGCCUGUGUCAGUAUAAAAGUCAACAUAUUAUUUGGAUUAGUUCUUAUUUCUAUGAUUCUUUUGGAUGUUAUUUUGAUUGCUAUUUCCUAUGUGAAGAUUUUGCAUGCUGUCUUCAAGCUCCCAUCCAGGGAAGCUAGACUCAAAGCUCUCAAUACAUGUGGUUCCCAUGUAUGUGUCAUCCUAGCUUUCUUCACUCCAGCCUUUUUCUCAUUUAUGACUCAUAGAUUUGGCCACAAUAUUCCACGUUAUAUACACAUCCUCCUGGCAAAUUUAUAUGUGAUCAUUCCUCCUGCCCUUAACCCCAUUAUUUAUGGAGUCAAAACCAAACAGAUCCGAGAUCGAGUGGUGACGAUCUUUGUUGUUAAGGAAGCAUGA